AUGGAUCCUUUAUCUAUGUUAGGCGUAGCCGCUGCUGCGGUCCAGUUUGUCGACUUUAGUCAACGACUUUUCUCGGAGACAUGGCACGUCUACCACUCGGUAUCUGGUCAGACCCUUCAGCUGCAGAACCUAUCAGCUAUCUCGACCGACAUCUCGAAGCUAUCCAUAGCUGUGAGAGAGACUUUCAAAUCCCAGCAACGGGAUGCAUCUGCUUUGGAGGGUCCUGAUAAGGAGUUGCUUCACCUCUGCCAGGAGUGCGAGGACAUCGCAACGAAGAUUCUUGCAGUUAUGCCAAAUAUUAGUAAGAACUUUGAAACACAACUAGCCACUGAUAAGGAAGUCAUUUUGCUUGCCGAACAAAAUGGUUUGCGGUCGUACGAACUUAAGUCGGUUGGCGAAUGCUUCCGGGUGGCACUAAGGUCUUGGUGGGCCCGCGAUGAAAUUGCCAGAAUUGGGGAGCGUCUUGAGAAGGUGCGGCAAGGAAUGGUAACGGCAGCGACUAUGUCAAUCUGGCGCAAUUCGCAAAGUACCAAGAACUGGGAGCAUCAGCUCAGCAGCAAACUUGACACCAUGAUAGAGCGGCUGUCUCAGCCCUUGGAGGCUGGCCCACAGCAAAACGAAGGACACACGGACAAGACUGUCGAAAAAGCGGCCAUUGAAUCCAUACGCCGGAACAAGGUUAUAAUUCAGAUUCAAGAUCGUUUGUGGCGAGCCGACUGGAAGCCAGAUACCCAGAUCCUAUCUUCUUUUCCCAAGCAAACAGGUCUAUCAGUGGAAGAGCUGAAUUCGUUCAUCUGUGACAGCCUUCGUUUUGACUCGAUGGAAAACCGGGAAGAAGCAAUAACAAAAAGCUUCGGCUCCACCUUCCAAUGGAUAUUUGACAGAGAUCCUCAGAUAUCUUUGGGAGGAGCACCAAUGUGGUCUAGUUUCCCAGCUUGGCUCGAGGGCAAUUAUAGCCUUCCGUACUGGAUCACUGGCAAGCCAGGCUCGGGCAAAUCGACCAUGAUGAAGUUCAUCCUCCAACAUCCAUUUUUGGGAGAGCAUUUACAGAAAUGGUCUCAGGGCUCACCACAAUACACAAUUAAGUACUAUGCAUGGAGACCAGGAGCAGAGAUGGCAAGAUCUGAAGACGGUUUGUUACGCACCCUUCUUCAUCAGAUACUCGACCUCAACCCUAAAAUGAUACCGUUUCUAUGUCCGCGGCGCUGGUCUCUGUUCCACGCCGUUCGUGAGGUCGAUUCAUUUCCUCCUUGGGCUACAUGGGAGCUCGAUGAGUCAUUCGGGCGCCUGCUACAGAUGGAAGAAGACAAGCCUCUCCUCGCCCUUUUUAUCGACGGUCUGGAUGAAUUUGACGUCGCCCCUGUGGAUUUGUGCCAGAGGAUUCUGACAAUUUCAUCUCACAAGUCAGUUAAAGUCUGCGUUGCAAGUCGUCCUUGGCCACAAUUCAGCGAUGCUUUCGCAGCCAGCCCCGGACUGCAAAUGCAUCUCUUAACUAAUUCGGAUAUUCAAUCAUUCAUUCGUGGCCAUUUCCGAGGUGUUGUAGCUUUCCAAGAGCUGAAUGACGUCUACCAUGGCAGCGGUGAAGUCCUUUUGACGGACGUUGCUACAAGAUCGAAAGGGGUCUUUCUCUGGACUUCACUGGUAACCCAGACGCUAUUAGAAAAUCUUAUUGAAGGGUCAAGCUUGUCUCAUCUUCAAGAGAUCCUUGACGCGAUGCCCAGCGAGAUCGAAGACCUAUAUGAUGCUAUCUAUGCAGCCAUUCCCAAGAGAUUGCUGCCAGAGGUUUCUGUAAUGUUACAGCUAUACGUUCGAGCUUUCCAGCCUGUAGACUGGAUAACUUUGUGGUUAGCAGACGAGGCUAGAAGUCAACCAACAGACCCUCCGGUUCCAGUGCGGGACUCGGAUAUGGAAAAAGUACAAGUUGUGCUCAAGCGAAGACUCAGUGCCCGGACCCGGGGUAUCCUGGAGCUUGUACCCCAAACUCGAACUGUCGAGUAUCUGCACAGAACGGCUGUAGAAUGGGUGAAUCUCCCACGUGUCUGGCAAGAGAUAAAGUCAGUCAGCCCUCCAGGCUUCGACCCGCAUGCUUGCCUCCUCCAAGCAGAAGUCAUCCAAAGGGAGAAUCCGGAUCAAGGCGAGCCUAUCUUCAACCCAGGCGAUUUUUAUCAUAUGGGCAAUUUCAAAUUUUGGAAAAAUGUCGUCAGAACGUUACAUUACGCGUCCCAAGUUGACGAAACGAUUGUUUCAGACGCAGCUUUAGCUGCUGUCCUGGAUCGAUUUCACGACGCUGCAACGAAGAAAUUUACGAAAUCGCCUGGUUGCGGGACACUUGUUAGCGAGAAAAACAUGCCCUGGGCGUCAUACCAUCGAAUGAAACCUGACAAUGUGAAAGUGAACACCUUUGACGGAUUGGUGACGCAAUUCGCUAUUCUGCACUAUAUCCGCCACAAAUUUCACAAAAGUCCCAACCUCUUUCAUGCAGUUCCCAAGCGAUUCUCCACAGCAUUGUUAGAACAGGCAAUAUUUGGCCCCGGGGUAUAUUUUUCAGAAGAAACAAUUGCGAUCCUCAAUCAACCAAACAUUCAGAUCAACACGAAGUCGCGGAGGCUACAGGUAGUAGAAUUCCUUCUUCAGCAGGGUGUACGGCAGCCUGGAGUGCUGUUGAAGGUUAAGGCCCGCCGGCUAGAUGCAGGAAACAAAGAAGAUGCUCAAUACUUAGAUGGUAUCAUGCAUUUGCUGAAUCGCUAUCGAGCUAUCAGUGGAGAAAAGAGAUCCUUUAUCAAAGGAUUAUUAGGUUCAGAGUAA